AUAAGUUACUUGAUGUGCAUCGAGCUGUGAACCGAAAGUCUGGUGUUUACAUGCGAAAUACUCGCAUCCCAGUUCACGUUAGACCACCAUAAGCCACGCUUGUCCAGUCUGUUCAUGUUUUUGUGAUUGUUGCGUAACUGUGUUCGUAUUUUUGUAUCGUGUUUUUAAAGACAUCAGAGGAGUUGACGCUGUGUUUUUAUCAUCAUCUUUGGCGAUAAGGAGAACGAAACAUGAGAGAUAUGCUACAAUGACCAUCACAGAAGUGUUAAAGGAAUGGACACUAAGAAAGCAGAAAUAGUCUCAUGGCUCUUCUUUCUGUUAUUUUCUUACGCGACUGGACAGACUUCAAUAUGUCCAGCACCGGAAUCAAUUCUCCCAUGUAUAUGCACAAACCGGCACGAAGAUAUUCAAAUAUGGUGCACACACAGCGACUUGCCCCAAGUACUAAAAGGUGUUCAGAAAGUUGGAGAGCUCAUCAGGAAACCCAUAGAUGAGUUGAUAGUAGAAAAUAACUAUCUCCCGUCCCUCCCAGGGAAGAUAUUUCAAAAUGUGAAAAUAAUGAGACUUAUGCUCCGCCACAAUGGGCUCGAGCGAGUAUCAGCGGCUUGGCUAGAGUCGCAAGAGAUGAAUCUAGUAGAAAUAUUCAUCGUCGAGAAUGAUUUAAGGAGUCUUCCAGCAGAAAGUUUAAUGAAAUUACAGAACCUACAAGCUUUAACAAUUCAAUCACAAAAUCUAAAGAGAAUACCAACCUUCUCUGGUUUGCAGAAACUACGUUACAUUAACAUACAAUCGGAAAGUCUCAAUGCUGUCAACGAAAACACGUUUGAAAACUUGCCUAACUUAGAGAAAUUGUUUAUCCAAGGAAGUACAAAUCUCAGAAUACUAAGAGAAAAUGCAUUUUACAACUUGCCUAAAUUACGAAGACUGGAAAUAACGAAUUGCGGCAUUAACCUCAUUCAUAUGAGGGCUUUAUCUCUACUUCCUUCACUAAGCGAAAUAUCCUUUAGCAAUAAUAAAAUCUCAGAUGCAACGAUGGUUGGAAGAGCUAUGAGAGACUUGCCAGUAUUAUCUCAUUUGAAUCUAAAUCAUAAUUUAAUUGACAAACUAAGUGAAGGCGGUUUUGUCGACCAACCAAUGUUGGAAAAAUUAUUCCUGUCUCAUAACAACAUUAAUGUAAUACAUCAUGGUGCCUUUCACAGAGUUCCAAAGCUCAGGGUUGUGGAUUUGAACUAUAACAAAAUAAGUCAAAUACAUCCAGAAUCAUUUUUGCAACAAUCCGGUAGCGGAGUUGAAGAGCUCACUUUGAUUGGGAACCAAAUAAUGCAUAUUUCAGAGUUCAGAUCACUACUCGAUGCGUUACCCCGUUUGAAAUUCUUAGAUCUAAGUAACAAUUUAUUACAAGAGAUCCCACGUGGAGCUCUGAGAGGUCACCCCAGUUUAGAAAGAUUACAUUUGAACAAAAACAAUAUUAAAUUCAUUCAAGCAGACGCUUUUGUUGCUAUGCCUGCCUUGAGGGAAUUACAUCUAAGUAACAAUUCAUUAAAUGACAUGAAUGAAGGUCCCUAUUGGAAUUUGCCUGCACUGAAGGGACUAGACUUAUCUUACAACUACUUCACACGAAUGCAGCCCAAACUAUUAUACCAUCUCCCAUCAUUACGAAGGAUAAACUUAAGUCAUAAUCAACUAUCAAUUAUAGACCCAAUAACUUUCAUGGAGUUGCCAUUAUUGGAGUACGUGAAUGUAUCAGGAAAUAGUUUGGUAUCUAUACACCCAGCUACAUUUAGGAAUUUGGCGAAUCUUUAUGAGUUGGAUGCUAGUGUAAACCGAUUAAUAGAAUUUGUACCUGGAUUACCAAGAGGCCUAGAAAAGUUAUAUCUUCAUCAGAAUCAGAUAACAAGUUUACCGACGCCACCUUCACCAGAUUUAGAUUUACCAUCUUUGAGAACAUUAGACAUUUCGAGUAAUGGCAUUCAGAAAAUUCCUCACGGGAGUUUGAAAACUUUGCAUAAUUUACGACGAUUUUACAUGAAAAGGAAUGGCUUGCGGCAGGUUGAAAUGACGACUUUCAGCGAUUUAAAUCGACUAGAGAUUUUAGAUUUGAGUUACAAUCAAAUUAUGGCUAUUCACCCAAAAAGCUUUAGCAAACUGAACGAACUAAAACAAGUGAACUUGCAUGGAAAUACUAUUGAGAACUUUGACUUCAUGGCAAUCCAAGAUAAUGCUGCUCUAUCGACUCUGGAUUUCAGUAAAAAUAAACUAAAAAGUAUAAGUCCUAAUCUCGUGAACAGAGCUCUAGACGUAGAGACAUUGAACAUAUCUUCAAACAAUCUGAACGAGUUGCCUGCUACUUUGAACAUGAUGUCCCGGCUAAAAGUUUUAGAUGCUAGCUACAACCACAUAAAACAUUUUGAUGGUAAUUCCAUUAACAGUAUAAACACACUAACCGAAUUUAAAAUGCCGAACAAUAAAUUAAUGGAACUAAGAACUGGAAGUUUCAAAGACCUCAGAGAUCUUGAAACAAUAGAUUUGGACAACAAUAACAUUGAGGUAGUACAUCCGAAAGCGAUAGCGAACCUACCGAACUUGGUAUCUAUUUAUUUAAGUCGAAAUCACAUAAUAGACCUACCCGACAGAGUAUUUUCUAAUCUUCCGAAGUUAAGGAUUAUAGAAAUGCAAGGAAAUCGGUUGCAAUAUAUUUCUCAGCGAGCUUUUGAGAGUAUGCCUUUGGUGCAAUAUAUGAAUUUAAGCAACAAUCAAAUUACCAGUAUCGAUAAUUCUGGCUUGAGGCAAUUAUCUUCUUUGGAAGUGUUGGACCUUAGUUUUAACAAACUAAUGAGAUUGACGAGAGCAUCGUUUCAGUAUAUGGAAUGGUUGGUAGAACUUAAUUUGGAUAAUAAUAUGAUAUGCCACAUUAGCGGCCAGCCUUUCGAUUUCAUGCCUCGCCUCAAGGUUCUUUCUUUGCGACACAAUAAACUGACGACCGUUGUGGAAAACACAUUUGCUAAACUAAGAAAUAACAUCGCAAUUUUGGAUAUUGACGGUAAUCCAAUAAUUUGUAACUGCCAGAUUGUUUGGCUGAAAUCGUGGCUGUCAGAGUCAUCUUCUAUUGGGCCAAAAUGUGCUGACGGUACUUACGUCAAGACCAUGCCGUUUGGAAGGGAUGACUGCUCAAACGCUGCAGUAACCAAACUAGAAGAUGGAGACCUGAGAACGUGUAUGACACACGAGAACGAAGCACUUCUACCUAACUUGGCGACCUCGCAAGUAUAUUCAACCUUAGACAAAAUAAAAGACUACACAACACAAAUUAAGAACACUUAUCAAGCCAACAAAAUUAAUAGACCAUCUCCAGAAGAAUCAGACUACUUCUACGACGACUAUGUAGAUUAUCCUUAUAACGAAACUUUAUUGGAUGGAUUGAACAAUGAAGUGAGUGCGUCGCAAAAUAACAGGUCAGGUGGACUUCCGACUUUAUACGCCGCUAUGAAAAAUACAACGGACAGAAACAAGCAAGUCCCUUCAAAGCCGAAACCCGACAGUAGCUUCACGUUCUUUGGAAUGCCUCUACCGCCGAUUGAUAUGGGAAAAAUACUGAACACAGGGCGCAAAAUAGACUGGGUCGAUAAGAAAAAUUCGCACACUCACAGCCACUCUCACUCUCAUAAUGGAAAUAAGUAUCAGCUCCCAGAAACACCUAAGUUUGAGACUGGUGGAUUCUCACCAAUUCUACCGACGACAGCUGGAGGAUUUAAGCCCAUACCUGAUCCGACUCUCAACACCACUAAUACAGCUGUGCAAACACAAAGUGCCAGUACAACUCACAACAGAAAAGGUGCUGUAGAAGAAACCAUUUCAGCAGUAUCAACUAAACCACCUGUGAAAACAGUUCAUAACAAUACUACCCAUCAGAAAAUCAAAAGUGAAAUACAUGAACUGCAAGCCUACAUUGAUGAUGACAACAGCACCCAUGUUGCCUACAACAGAACCAAAAACGUUGAAGAACAAAAGAUGGAUCCUAAUAACCUGAGCAAGUACAAUCUGAUGGAGUCCAAUUUAACCAUUACACAAGUUACUGAAAAGGAGAGCUUGCUUAUAACAACAGAUACCAGUAAUGAUAUGUCUCUACAAGCUUGGAUGGAGAGCAGUACUUCUUCCUAUUCUUCAUCUACUGCAGUGACAUCUAAGCCACCAAUGAAGAAGCAUAUUGAGCAGGCAGCGCCUACAGCUUUAUCAGCAGUAUUGGUACCCAGCACUGCAGAGUUGAAUGAAAGGAGUCAUGGCAAGAGGCCAGCAACAAUCACUAAAGUAAAUCUUCCACAAGUAGAACAUUAUGACCACAGAGAUAAUUUUUCACCAAAUAGAGAGCCAAAGACAAGAUUUUCGGAAGUUAUGAGCACUGGCAAUACAAGGACAAGGCAAAUUGGUGAUAAUGACUGGUAUUAUAAAAACUAUAAUAAUUCAAAUUUAGAACCAUACAUUGCACCUGGAGUACACAAGCCAGACAAGCCAGUAUCAAAAAGUAAUAUUAAUGGAUAUAAUAAGUUAAUAUUUAGUGUUACAUUAUUGUAUACAAUUUAUAAAAUGUUUUAAGUACAUACUUGUGUAAAUCUAGAAAAACUAACUUAAUAGUGACAUAUGUUUGUAUAUAUUAUAAUGUGAAAAAAUUGGUAAUAUUAUGAUAAAUAAAUACAUGAUAUUAUUUGAUUUGGUUUAUUUUAACAAAACAGAUAUAAUUAUUAUCAUAUUUGUUGUUAUCACACUGGUUUUCUUAAUUAAUUAUUGUUAACAUAUUGCAUCACUUUCACAGAAAUAGGUCAAAGUAAACAGUAUUACAAAGUUAUCCUUUAUUAUUGAGAAUAGCUAUCAAAAACAAAUUAUCUUGGAAGAAAUUUUAAGUUUGCAGUAGUUGGCGCUUUUAGCUCUUAUAAGUACCUAGGAACUCUUUACAUAAUCAAAAUAACAAAUAACAAAGACACGUUUCUGGGUUGCCUGGGGAGAUACAAUAACUAUUUAAACAUUGUUACUACAAAAAUAUUCUCUCAUUUUCUCUAAAGCUCUGUAUCUGUGAGAAAUUUUAUUUUUUUCUGCCUUCGGUAAUUCACCGUAAGUUUGAGUGUAGCCAUCAGGUUGGAAAACACAGUCCCAUCCAAAGUCCCUUGAUCCUCUAGGAGCCACAAUUUGACCAUGAGUCACACCUUGAAAUAGCUUGACAUCUAGACCUUCGUGACCAGAGCAGUAUGCAAAUGUGCACACUGCCUUAGCAGACUUAUCCUCCCAACCAGUUAGCAAGUUUGUAAGCCCUUCAGGUUCUAGUUUCUCUAGAAACCACUUGAUAUAUGGCCCCGGAAGACCCUUCAAUGCGUUAAAACAGAGGGCCGUAUCUUCUACCACCACGGGCCUCUUCAAUUGUCUAGCAGCUUCUUGACAUUUCUUUAUAGAUACUUCAUCUAUCUCCCCUUGAAGCUCUGGCAAAUCUAGUUUGUGGCUAAUUAUUUCCAAAGGAAAAUUGCUCCCUAAAAUAGCUCUCACCUCUUCCAGUUUUUUAGCAUUGCCAGUGACGAAGGUUAUGGUUCGGUGUGACAUUUUUAUACGAUAUUGUACAACGAAGUUAAGUUAUCAAUAAAUGAUGUGUAGUAAUGUGUUUAUUUAAUCACUUAAAAAUACGAUAUUUAUACAGAAUUAUACAAAAACUUUUGAAAUUGAAAUGGUUAUUGUUUUGAAAACGUUUUGAC